AUGCCGGAAUGCCCGGACCGCGGGGCCAAGGCGGCCCCCAUCCAUCAUAAAAUCUCCUUCUCCAUCUUAGACAUCCUGGAUCCCCAGAAAUUCAGCAGGAGACGCGAACCGGCCGCGGGGAGCUGGGGCAGCGCCCCCCGCUCGGGCGAGCGGGAGAAAAGUUUGGGAAGAGUUGAAGUAGGAAAGGACGCUGCUGCUCCCGGCAGCGGGAGGAAUAAACUAGAGGCACAUGAUGCGCACUCCCCGGCGGAGAGCGGCGCCGAGGCAGCGGGGCAGGAGCGCGACGAGGAGGGCCCGACCGGGGCCGGGGCCGGGGCCGGGGCCGGGGCCGGGAUCCAGCUCGCCGCCCGCCCGCCCGCUCCGGAGGAGCCGGGCUCGCCGCGGGGCGCCAGGCGGCGGCGGGCCGAGGCGGGGUGCGGCAAACCGCGGCGGGCACGGACGGCCUUCACCUACGAGCAGCUGGUGGCCCUGGAGAACAAGUUCCGGGCCACGCGGUACCUGUCGGUCUGCGAGCGCCUCAGCCUGGCGCUCUCCCUCAGCCUCACCGAGACGCAGGUGAAGAUCUGGUUCCAGAACCGACGCACCAAAUGGAAGAAGCAGCACCCGGGCGCCGACGGGGCGGCCCCCGCCGCAUCUCCCGCCGCGGCGGCGGCGGCGGGCGGUGGCAGCCCCAGCCCGCCGGGCCCCGGCGCUCUGCCCUUCCAGACUUUCCCUUCCUACGCCGCCGCCAACGUCCUCGUCCCGCCGGCCGCUCCUUUCCCGCUGGGCGGCGGCCCCUUCGCGCCCUUCCUCGGCCCCGCGUACCUCGGCCCCUUCUACGCCCCGCACCUCUGA